UAUUAUCGUAAACCACAGAAAUACCGUAAUGAUGAGCAUCCAACCAUCAACAACAACAAUAACAUAAAUAAUAAUAAUGAUGAUAACAAUACUAUAAAGACAACAACAACUACUCCAACAGCAGCUACAGCAACAUUGUCAACGCGAUCAACAACAGCAACAACAUGUGCAACAAACAAUGCAUACCAAAGUAAUAAUAAUAAUAAUUAUAGCUAUUUAGAGAGCAGCCAUAGAGGUAGCAACCAUGUCUCCAACUCCAACUCCAACUCCAACUUCAACUCCAAUUCCAAUUCAAACUCCAAUUCCGAUUCAAACUUCAAUUUCGAUUGCAAUGCGAGUGAUCUCGAUCAUGUGACGCCGUCGGUUGAGUUGCAGCAGCAACAACAGCAGCACUACAACAACAACUAUUACUACUAUUACAACUACAACCUGAGCUAUGCCCCGCCCCCGGCAACAGCACCGCUCGAGUGUCGUCUGCUCGGUGGCCCAAAGGGGCGACUCCAACAGCUGAAGCGUCGCACACGCCACGAACUUCAACAGUGGCCGCUGCUCAUGCAGCUGGUUGUGCUCGUCCUUUGGCUGCACGGCAAGUUCUGGCAGAUCGUACGUGAACAGAUCCUGAUGCACAGAAGGCGAUGGUAAUGGUAAUCUUGGGGAAUGAAGUAAGGACGAUCGAGUGAUGGGACAGUAAGAAAUCAGAAUCAGAAUCCUCUAUGCUUAAGUUUUACAAUUAUGCCACACUUUCUUCAAAACUUAAAUAAAUAAUAACCAUAAAUAA